AUGUUAUCUUCAAAUAAUCAUUAUAAAGAUACAACUAUUUAAUAAAAGGUUCUUCCAGAAAGUGGUAUUGCUUUUCACUAUUCUUAGCUCUCACUUAAACCAUAAUUCUCAGAAUCUCAAAUUGGAAGCUUAAGAGUUUAAUCUUGAAAGGAGAGUUUGUUGAUUAUAAAGGAUAUGAUUUACGAUCAUUAUUUAAAUCUAAUGGUAGUGUAUUUUUAGAGAAUGAACUCAAUUAAAAACAAAAUUGA